GGGUUGGGUGCUGCCAAUGUUUGCUCUCUUGACAAGUGAAAGGAGCUGAUGCCUGUCCUCUUCAUUCGAAUGCCUGGUGAAGUAAGUCCAACGGAAGUUGCUUGCCAACCAAACAAUAUUCAGAUCUGGGGGAUGGGAAGCCCCCCAGGCAGGGAUGGAGUGUGUGGAUGGGACCCAUGAUUUGUAUGCUAUGUUUUCACUUUAUUUCCAGCACCUCAUGGUUUAAGGACUCAAGGGGAGGAGUCCUUUAGCUCUGAGGACUAAGGAAUGACCUUACAUACCUUUACCAAAGCUCCAUUAUACAUACAGACCCAGGAAGAGUCUGGCAUUUGCAGGAAGAGGGGCCAUGGUCUGUGCACAAUUGUGAAAAUCGUUGCCUAACAAGAAAGACGUAGUUUCUCUUCCCCAAUUGCAAUUAUAUAGAGCGAGGCUGUUAGUUCCUCACACAUAGCAUGACCAUGAGGCAGGCUCGGAUGCCAGGUGGGACCUGAGGUUUGGGGGCCAGGGAAUGGGAAGAGGAAAGCGCUUUGGGCUUGAGCCCCAGAUGCUCAAAUGCAUUGGGCAGUACUGUCUGCAGCCUCGUCUGGACAUGCAGCUGUGGCUCCAUUUCAGAGGGCCAGGAAUGACCUUCCUCCUGGCACCCAGGCUGCUACUUCCUAUCUAAUUGGGCUGACCAAACACGGAUGCUGCGUUCCCAGCAGUAGGUAAGACACCUGCUUAAAAUGUCCUUCCCUCAGAACCCAGCGCUAUGCAGGUCCUGCUUCUGUGUGCCCACGUUGUCUGUCACCUGGUCCUAGCCAGCGCAACACCUCAAGCCACCACAACUCAGCAGUGCCCAGCGUUGGAGGUGACCUGGUCUCUAGGGGAAGCCCCAUCGAAUGGAAUGGUCACCUUGACCUGUACGGCCUGCAGCCACUUCUCCCACUUCAGCAUCCUCUACUGGCUGGGUAAUGGCUCCUUCAUUGAGCAUCUCCCAGGCCCACUACAUGAGGGCAGCACCAGCCGGGCCCACAGCAGCGCACACACCCAGCUCAGGAACUCGUUGGUGCUAGAGCAACUGAAUCUAGCCCUGUGCAGCACUAACUUCACCUGUGUCUUUGCUGACCCUGCAGUCACCGCCCAGCACCAUGUCAUCCUGUCUCAGUCAUGGGUGCCACCCUGUCAUCCAGAAGCCUCAUCUUCCAGUCACAACCUGGAGCCACAGCCGCCCACGGUGCCAGGAGUAAGCCCAGGGCCAACACCCUUGCCUUGAUGCGCCUGCAAAGCUUGCAUUUUGCUCCCAUCCAUAAAUAUAGAACCUCUUGGGAGUUGGCCUAGGAAUGGCUGGCAUGUGUCCUUCCUGAACCCACUAUCCCCCCAAAUGUAACCUGUCUUGAAUGUUUCCAGCUUCCUUCUCUGCUGUA